AUGUCGAAAAUAUGCAAUACACAACAAUGCUUUUUUCACGAACUUAUGAAAUGGCACUUGGAUUCUAUUGAUAGUGGUGACACUUUUUACUUGGAAAUUGCUACGAAAAUGGAUUCGGAACAAAUAGCAUUUGACACCAAAUUGGUGAAUGACGGCCAAAGACGUAAAACAUGGUGUCGAUAUGAUCUUAACCAUUUGGACCUUAAUCAUAUCUAUACCUUCGAGGAAUUCGAGUAUAUAAACGACCAGCUAAAAUGCCAUACUUUGGAAAUUAACGGAGAACCUGUUAAUCUUUUCGAGCUUGACAAAAACGGAAAUCUAAGACCUAUGCCACAAAAAUUGGCAGGCAACUCGGUAACUGGGUCAGGGACUUCCUCCCAAGGAGGUUUCAAUUUCCAUGUUAGAGGUAAAAGAACGAUCCGUGCCCCCGAUGUAUCCUUCACUUCGAAAAAUGUAUAUCGUCAUUUGACUCAACAACAACUCUGGACCUUCCAGGGUGAAUCAUUCACUCCAACAUUUGUUGUCGGGGUUGGGGAUACUGCAAGUAUAUCAAAGUUUGAGGAGUUGGAUGACAAGUUUAAAAGUGAGUACUUUGCAAUGGGAACCUCCGUACAGCUCGAUGGUGAUAAUAUUUUGUCGGGUUUUACGUUGAAUGUUGAGAUGAUCGAAGAUGCCAUUUCACAAACACCAUCUGAAAGUGAGGGUGAGUUAGAAAUUAAUUGUCCUAAGUGUAAUGAAAGUUUCACUGUAAAUUAUCUUUUCAUGAAACACUAUGAAGAACGUCAUGCAUGUAAGCCUGUAGAAACUGUAGAUCGCGUGAUGCCAACAUGA